GGAUAAAUACUCUAUGAGCUUCAACAAUCGCAUCACAAAGCUCGCAAGCAAGUAAUCUCACAACGAAUACCUGCUAUCUUCUUACUGGCAUUUCGUCUUCGAUACAUCUCAAUAUAAAGAAUCGGUAUCUUCUAACUCGACAUAGAUUACGGACUUGUUCGAUAAAGGAGAAUACUUGAAACCAUCGUCCGUCCAUCUGGAAUCCGGUGUAUUCCACGAUAUUCUGACAAACCAUCAUGCGUCUUCACAACCUCCCCACCGAGACCGCAUUUCUAUCAACCCUCCUCUUUCCACUUCUUUCCUCCGCGCUCGGAAAUCUAGACUGUACGAACAUAGUUGUCGACAAAAAGCCGUUCAAUUUGGAAGCUUUAGGGGGGCCACGGUCGGCAUUACACAGUGUUGAAGAUUAUGUUGGUGAAGCAAAAGGAUGGACGAAUACGACAUACACAAUCGAUCUUUGUAACCCUAUAGUCAAGAAGGGGUUCUAUGAGUGUCCAGGUGGGACAAGAGUUUGUGGUAUAACACAUGUUAUCAAUGAAGAAGAAGGAUCAGACGCGACACAACAGAUCGUUCCGUUUGCAGGCGAACUGCAAAAUUAUGGCGGAGGUCCUCUCGAUGCUAAAGUGGAACGGCUUAGCAACUCCAAAGCUCAUUCGGACGCCGACAAAGAAGGAUUACGUGUAGAGUUAAACGGCGGCUUUAUCGUACAAGGGAAGAUCAAGAGACCACAAAAGGCUAUUGUGGAAUUUAUUUGCGAUGCGAAUAGGACCGGACUGGAAAAUCUGUGGGUACCACCAGAGCCGAAAAACAAGCAGAAGGAUGAGGAGAAGCUCAAAGAGAGGGAGAAAGAAGGUAAUGAUGAUGAAGUGAUUGGAGUACCAGGUAACGAUUCGAGUCUUCAAUUUGUUAGGUUGGAUAAGGAUAAAGGCGAUGCAGAUAUCUUAAGAUUGACUUGGCGCACAAAGUAUGCAUGUGAGGAUGGACCAAAGGAUGAUGGUGAUGACAAGAAAAGUUCGCACUGGGGCUUUUUUACUUGGUUCAUAAUUGUUGCAUUCCUUUCAACGGCCGCAUACUUAAUUUUCGGUUCUUGGCUCAACUACAAUAGAUAUGGCGCUCGUGGGUGGGACCUUCUUCCUCACGGGGAUACGAUUCGUGACGUUCCAUACUUAUUGAAGGACUGGUCCAGAAGAGUUUUGAGCACCGUACAAGGCGGAGGAAGUAGAGGGGGUUAUGCGGCAGUAUGACAUGACCCAAGAGCCUUGGUCAUGAUCUGAGGGGCAGUCGAGGAGUGGAUUUUUACAUUUAUAGGCAUUGCAAUACUGAUAAAGGUUAGCGGAAUACAAUCGAGAGAGCGACAGGAGUUAGGCAUUUCUAGUGGAGGGCAUCAAUUUUGUAUAUCAACUAUUAUCUUGAUUUCUUAUUCGGUGUCAAUUUUAGUUCUCUCGACCUUCAUUUUACAAGCUUUGUCCUCUUAUUUGUUCAGGUAUUGGCACACUGCUUACCGCUGAUGCAUUUUAAGUCAGGUUGAACAAUGAUAGCACUCGGCCUGCAAAAAGCUGUCCACUGCUUCAUGCCCUUCAAUUGUUUGAAGUCA